AUGGGCUCAGGCAGGAGCUUCUCGCAGCAGCUGGUGGCCGCUCUUGGGUGUCAGGUGUCAGCGGCUGGUGAGGAGGAGGAGGAAGAGGAGGAGGAGGGGGAUGCUGAUGGGAGGCGAGUGGCCGCUCGCCCUCACGGCGGUGGAAGCGAUGCUGGAGAAGAGCUCUGGCCGGAGGAAAUUGUUGAUCCUUCCAUGGAGCCUGUGGAAGGGAAGAAGUUCUUCUGGAAGAAAAUCAUCAUCCCAGGCCUGGGCUUCGGCUCUGCCCAGGUCCAGCAGAGCAGUGCCCUGCCGCAGGGUGACCCCAGGCUGACCAUCCUGCUGUGGCAGUGGCCCUUUGGGCACCACUUUGACUUCAUGAACUGCUCCCAGCUCUACAGCACCCCUGACUGCCACUUCACUGUGGACCACAGCUGGUCCCAAAAGGCCCAGGCCGUGGUGGUUCACCACAGGGAUGUGUGCUGGGAUGCACAGAAGCUGACCCAGAUCCCCAGGCUCCAGUCCCAGCGCUGGAUCUGGUUCAACCUAGAGUCCCCAAGCCACUCGCCCAACUUAGGUUCCAUGAACAACCUCUUCAACCUGACCAUGUCUUACAGGAAAGACUCAGACAUCUUCACUCCUUAUGGGGAGCUGCAGCUCCUCGGUGAGCCCCAGCCCCUCAGCAUCCCACCCAAGACCAAGCUGGUGGCCUGGGUGGUCAGCAACUGGGUGGAAAGCUCCUACCGAGUCAAGUACUACAGGGAGCUGAAGGACCACAUCAAAGUGGACAUCUAUGGGAGGUAUCACUUGCCCCUGCCUCAGGACAAGCUCCUCAGCACCCUGGCCCAGUACCAAUUCUACCUGGCUUUCGAGAACUCCCAACAUGAAGACUACAUCACUGAGAAGCUUUGGCGGAACGCUUUGUCCUCCGGCGCCGUCCCGGUGGUGCUGGGACCCUCGCGAGGGAACUACGAACGCUUCCUGCCCCCCGACGCCUUCAUCCACGUCGAGGACUUUGCCAGCGCCAAGGACCUGGCACACUACCUGCAGGAGCUGAGUCAGGACACUGGGAGGUACCAGAGCUACUUCCAGUGGCGCAGGUGGUUGAAGCCCAGCGCUGGGCUCGGCUGGGCUGCAGACCUGUGCAAAGCCUGCCACUACCUGCACACAACAGAGAGCAGGUACCAGGUGGUGCCUGAUCUGUCCCAGUGGUUCGUGUAA